AUGGAUGUGCCCCAAACCCCCGCAAAAGUCCUCCCGCACACUGUGACCGUGACGGUGGAGCGGGGGAACAGACUGCAAGGGCGUAAGGCAGAGUUCCAGAGUUUUGUGAAGGUGGAGGUGGAUGGGACUGUGUUGGGGGAGUCAGAGAAGAGGGUGCGGCACCUGUCUGAGACUUGCUUUAACUAUGAGUUCAGCUGCAGCUUCCAGUGCGCCAGAGACCCCCAGGCCAUUGCUGAGCUGGCCAGGAAACUUGGCAUAGUGACAGUGUUAGACUUCUUGCCUGAGGAGAAGAAAGCCGAUACCAGGACUGUAGUACUGGGCCAGGCUGUGCUGGACUUUCUGCCGCUUCUACAUGGCCAGACCAGUUUCUCAUCCAGAGUGCCUCUUUAUUCAGCUGCUGCCAUUCAAACCAAAACCCAAGAUAACAACAACAAGCCCACUGUGGACGUGGUAGUGCAUGUAUCAGAAGCUCUGGUGUCUGCAGAUGCCCUGUCCUUCUGUAACCUGCUGAGGGUUACUGUAGAGACGGCCUUCUCUGUCCCGGAGUCCUGGACCCUACCCUCUGGUUCCUCCCCCACUGCCAGCUCUUACACUGCGGCCCUGGAGGUCCCUCUCACGGCUGAGAAAAAUCAGAUGUUGGUUUUCUGUGAUGGGACGCUCAAAGCUGGAGGGGUGAGAGAGGAGAGGGGUCGGCAGAAAAAGAGACCCUUCCUGCCUCAGCUGCUGCCUGCAAACACCGUGGUGCCUGGAGCCUUUAUGGAGCUGGAGUCUGUCGAGAAUGAAAAUGGGGAACUGAUGGGCAAGGAGGAUCUGUCAUUCCGCAAAGAGGCGGAAACCAAAAAGAACCGAGUGAGCUGGGAUGUGGAGAUGUGUUGCUUUCUCAACAGAGAGGCCACAAACAGGUUGCGUGAGACAAUCACCAAAUGCAAACUGUGGCCACUGGAGAUCAUGAGGUCAAUGCAGCCCUUGGAGGAGACCUCAGAGAUCCCUUUUCAUGGAGUGGCCUUUGUGGACAUGACCCACCUGCUGUUCCCUGGAGCCACACGCAUCAGAGGAGCCUACUGCAUCCAGCCCUUCUCUGAAAGUCUGCUCUCACAUAAGGCCAAGCGAAGUGUGAGUGUGUUAAAGGAGUAUACCAAAGAUGUGGCUGUUGCAGCUCGAUGUUCCUCUGCAGCUGACAAGAAGGCUGCAGGCAAGGGCUCUGCCAAGAAGCCUGUUGUGAAAAUGAAUCGAACUGAUGCUGUGACUGAAAUUAUGUCUGAAAUGGAACAAGCUGUCAACACACAAGGAAAUUUAUAUGUAGAGGCCAGGACGUAUAUUAUGAUUGAGAUUUCUCUGGAGAAGCCGUUAAUCCCCAAAACUCCCCCUGAGGAGCUGUCCAGAAGAGUGAUGGCACUGAUCCCUCCUAAACCUCCUCUCCCUAAAGGACCCACCAAAGCUCAAAGGGCCGUGCAGAGCUACCAUGAACAGGUUGCAAACGUGGUCAGCCAAGUUUGUGAGCAGGUGGAAGAGCUGUACUGUUGUGACUGUUCACUGACAGAGAUAAACCGUGAACACAUGAAGGCCGAGGUGAUGGGCGAGCUCAACAUGUCCGGCAGAUACUUUGCUUUCAAAGAACAGCUAAAGCAUGCUGUUGUGAGGAUUGUUCGUGAUAAAAUGCAGAGGACUGAAUCCAUCACUAAUCCUAGACAGCGUCAGGAGUUUGUCAGUAAACUGUAUGUGUACCUGGUGGAUGAAAUGCACGUGGCUCUCAACAAGAUUUACUCAGAUGAAAUACAUGACGAGACAGAAGGCUUUCAUUUGAGUCAGGCCCAACUGAGACAUUUUGCCAAAGAAGCUCAGAGUAUUGGCGAUUAUGAGCAGUCUCUUGAAUACUACCAAGAGCUUUUGGUAAGGAACCCUAGUGACCCUCUGAACAAGUUUGACUUAGGGAGCCACUACAUGCUGACUGGAGACUAUAUGAAAGCUAAAGAGUAUUACCAUGAUGCCGUAGCCACAGAUCAGGCUCACCAGCCCAGUCUGAUCAUGUGUGGGGUCUUGGCUAUCAUGUCUGAGCAGUAUACAGAGGCACAGACUUUCCUGGAACAUGCAGCUACACUGGAGAGCUAUGGUGUGGAGGCCUGGACUUUACUAGGCCUACUUCACCAAAGUCAGGAGGAUGAGGUUCUGUGUGAGAGGGCUUUCCUGGAGGCCAACAAGCUCCUCAAAGCUAAAGGGGCCCCUAGGCUGAAGAAUGUGCUGAAGGUCUGGUCUGAGCUGAUGGAAAGGAGUGCAGAGGAGAAAGAGAAGUUGGGGACUCGGGCAACUCCACCUACACCUCAGGAAGAACACCAGCAAGAAUCCGAAAAUGCAGACUCGAAGCACGAGGAAAAGAAGCAUGAGGCAGAGGAGCAGAGAAUCUUAAAUAGAGCCAGCAUUUACGCUGAGACGGUCAGCUUCCUGCUACAGAAUUCUGCUCUACAGAUGGCAGAGCGCGCAUUGGCCCAGGAGCUGCUGUCUUCAGAUGGAGGCCAAUCUGUCUUUUACCUCCUUCAUCUGGCCCGUCUCCACCUGCUCAGGAAGAACUACAGCAGUGCCUUAGCCAAUCUGGAGGUGGUGCUGGAUCACAACGAUGAGAAUGCCGAGGCAUGGGCUCUGAAGGGCCACUGUCUCUUCCUGCAGGGCUCCCUCAACUCUGCUCAGGAGAGUUAUGAGUGCAGCCUGAGCUUCCAUCCGCCUCCAGAGAAUCCUCACCUAGUGCUGCUGAGACUGGGGGACAUCUGCCAGCAGGAGGGACAGUUUGAACAAGCCAAACUGGUCCAUCUGCAGGCCUGUGAGCAGUCCCCAUCCUGCCUCACCUGGCUGGGGUUAGGAGCUGCCUGUUAUCGGUUAGGGGAGCUGAGCCUGGCUGAAACUGCCCUGACUGAAGCCAACCACCUGAACAAUCGGAACGCACAAGUGUGGGCCUACCUCUCCUUCAUAUGCCUCAAGUCUGGGAGGCUUAAAGAAGCAGAGCAGUUUUAUAAAUAUGCAGUGCAGUUUAAACUCCAGAAUGAAGAUCUCAUCAGAGAGUACACACAAAUGUUUGACCAGGCCCGCUUCAGCUAUUUGGACCACUGCUUUGAAGGAGCUGCCUCUUAACCAUGUUUUUCAGUGCUGCUGGCUGUUCAAAAAGGAGCCCUGGUGUCUGACCCGAGUGAAAAUAUCCUGGAGCCAGGGUGAAUCCUCGUAGAGCCGUGGGUCUCCCAGACACUCGGCCGUGCGUUUGUAGAAAUAAUAGUACAGCACUGA